AUGGGCGCCGGCGCAUCCUUGGCCAAAGAUUCGCUCAGCGAUGCCAGCGAUGCGCAGAUUCGCUCAGCGCUGGGCGAGCUGUCGUCGGCUGAAUGGGCCAAAGUCCAUGAGGCAGCGGCCAACGGCGCUGGGGACGCGGCCCAUUGGGCCUUAACCUUGGCAUCUGCAGCAGCUCCAGUGACGUCCGCGACUGAUGUGGUGGUAGCGGCGGGGGAGAAUGAGGAUGGAGUGGAUGAAGCCUUGGCUCAGGACAUAGAAUUCUCUGAACAUUGUGGAGUGUUCCAACAUUCGGAAUUGGCAGAGCAGGAGAAGCUCUUUCUGAAAUGUUUGCGGAAACGUGCUGAACGGGAAGCGAAAAAGAAGUUGGAGAAGGAGCAGAAGAAGGCUGCGGCAAAGAAAUUGAAAGAAGAGCUGCCUGCCAAUCCCUGGUGUACGAAGGAAGCUAUGGAAGCUGCGUUCGACAACGAAUUGGACGUCCUUCUCAAGCUGUUUGAUCAAGGAGUGGAACCCGAAUGUGCUGAUGAGCAUGGAACCACCCUUCUGAGCGAAGCAUGCGCUGGAAACGCCAAGGAAGUUGUCGAGAUGCUGUUGGGGGAAGCCUGCGAUCCCAAUGCCAUCGGCCGCUAUCAUCGAUCCCCUCUGUGGCGAGCAGCUUAUGCUGGAAAUGAGGAGCUCAUUCGCAUGCUGCUGCGUAGCGGUGGAGAUCCCAGGGAGUGUGACGAACAAGGAGCUCGUCCCAUCGACGUGGCCAGCAACGCGGCCUCCCGGGAGUAUCUGCUGACUUGGGAUCCGGCCUCGACAGAUCGGAUCAAGGAGGACAAACGGAAAGCGGCCAAAAACGCGGAGAAGGAAGAGAAGGCGAAGUUCCAGCGACAGAAACAAGAAUUGUCAGAGUCACUGGAAGAAUCCGAGCGCAAGAAGCAAAUCUCCAGUGGCUUGCCCUGCGGAAGUGAACUCUUUCGUGCCAAGAAGCUGUUGGCCGACUACCGCCAGCAGAAGGUCUUCUUUGCCGAGCAAGGUCAGGCAGAGAAGAUUGCUGAGCUGGAACCCUUGAUUGAGGGGGCGGAAGCGUCGGUGAGGCUCUACGAAUCCUCAGUGCAGGAAUGGGACUGGAAAGCUUCCCGUGCCCGGUUGAAGAUGAACGACCUGGAAGAAGCCAAGAAGGAGAAGGAAGCCAAAGCGGCUGGAAAGUUUCGUGGCUUCCGCGUGGAGAUUCUGUGCAAUGCUCUAGAGGAUCUGGAUCUGCUGCUGCCACGCUUGGGCAAAACCCUGGAGGUGGUGGAAGAUUUCACCUGGAACGAACUGGAGCUGGUGGUUGGAGAUGCCAUGAUUCGGGAGGGCGCCUUUUCACAUUUGAAGCCCAGCGACUUCAACAAGGACUUCUUGCAGACCUAUGGUCGAUUGCCUCCUGAGCCGGAGGCUGAAGGAAGUGAAGGAUCACUGGAAAUCAGUUUCAAUCGCGUGAUUCCCAUCAAGGCCAUUGCAGAUGUCCUUCUGAAAGAUGUGGGCGGACUGAGAGCGAAAGAUGGACGUUGGCCGUUUGUCGUAGAUCCAUCUGGUCGCACAUCCACUUUCAUCAAGUACACAGGAGCCGCUGUUUACACCAUCGUGGAACUGCAGGACAUGGAUUCGAUGCGGCUGCGGCGCGCUUUUUUGAAUUCUUUGCUGAAUGGAGGUGUCAUUUUGAUCGACUUGGGCGGCUUCGACAUGAAAAUUGAUGUGGUGGCAGACAAGUUCAACGAUCUGGAGAAGGGCCUCUUUGCAAAGCUGUUGGAUCGUUCUGUCCUGUUCGUCUUCGGAUUUGUGACAUCCUUCCGUGACCCGGAUUUGGACUUCGCCAAGCAGUUACUUGGCAGUGGCAGCCAAAUGCACGG